AUGUUCACGGUCAACAUCCACUACCGUGCCGGCGGCUCCAAGAGUGCGUACCUCAGACGCCCCACUCCCCAGGACCGCGACUAUCGAGACAAGUUCCUCCGGCGGGACCUCUGGUACAUGCGGCUGCCCGAGCCGCAUGCUAUGACAGUGGAGAGCAGGCAGGACGGUUGGCUGGAUCUAUACGAGACCGUGCGUUCACGCGUCGAGUUCAUUUUGAAGCCCGAGGCUGCGAGGCUGUUGGAGCUCCUCGAGAUAGCCCACGUCGAAGUUACACCUCCCGUACAUGCGACGCCGCCGCCGUUUCAACCGUCCAACAUGAUAGGCGACGUCAAACCAACUCCUAGCAUACAUGACGUCCUCCCUGCACCACCGCUGCCCGAGACGGAGACGGUGCUCCGCCUCCAUCAUUUGCUUACGGUCCGCCAAGCCAGCGAGAACGUGCGCCAAAAAGAGAAAGAAGCCCUGCGCACGGAAUGCGCUGAGUUGUGGUGCGAUGAGCAUCUAGCGAAUGAAGAAAAUGUUCGUCUGCGCCGCAUCUUGAGGAAGGAUGACGUCGCCCGAGGGCGAAUCACACAACAAUGGGCGGCUUUCGUGCGGACGACCGAGGAGCUAUGUUACUAG